CAAAUCAUGCACUCCUUUAUGUAGCUAGCAGGUAGCUAGCUAACGGUUUAAAUUACGAGCACACAGGAUGGAAAGCAGCGAGGGAAUGGAGGUGGAGGGUUGGGACCCCAGUCUGGAGGAAGAACUGGGCAUUUCUCUGGAUGAACUGAAGAAGUGGAUUGAAGAGGCUGUGGAGAAGAGUGAGAUUGUGCAGAAGAAAAAGGCUCAGCUGACAGAGCUGAAGAAAUGGGUGGAGCAGAAAGAGGAGGAGGAGGCAGUGACAGAGACGCUGCUAAGUGAUGCCAACCAGUCCAUAUUGGAGUGCGAGAAGCUUGUAAAGGCAACCUACCAUAAGAACGGCCUCGUCUAUCGGGAGAGCAGCUCAGAGGAUGAAGGGGGCGUCGGAGGGGUGUUGUCCUCCGAGGUCAUUGAGAUAGAUGACGAUGAUGAUGAUGAUGUUAUUGCUGUUGGCUGUUUGGUUCCUCCAAAGAAGACAGUAACUCCUGGCAAAGAUCCAGUGCUAAAAGAGACCUCCACAGCUCUACAGAAAACCUCCCAGCAGGUGCAAAAAUUGGUCCAAAUGGUUAACAAGACUUCACCAGGUGCUCCGUUGAUAAGAGCUCCAACGCAGCCUCCAGCCCAGUCAGGUAUUAACGCUUCAGUGCCAGCAGUGUUUGUAUCCCAGGUUCCAUCUCAGUCGAUGACCCAGCCGAAUCUGAAGAUAAAAGAAGAUGAGCUCAGAGUCGGAAUGAGCAUUCUGGGAAAGAAACGCACCAAGAUCUGGCACAGAGGCACCCUCGUUGCCAUCAACCCUGUUGGAAACGGUGUCUUCAAGUAUAAAGUGAAGUUUGAUAAAGGCAAGAGUCUGCUGUCUGGAAAUCACGUGGCUUUCGACUAUAACCCCACACUGGAGAGUCUGUAUGUUGGGGCCCGUGUAGUCGCCAAGUACAAGGAUGGCAACCUGGUGUGGCUCUAUGCUGGAAUAGUAGCAGAAAUGCCCAACAACAAGAACCGAAUGAGGUUUUUGAUCUUCUUUGACGAUGGUUAUGCCUCAUAUGUGACACUACCUGAGCUCUACCCUGUAUGCCGACCAUUAAAGCAUACUUGGGAGGACAUAGAGGACGCGUCGUGUCGAGACUUCAUCGAGGAGUAUAUCACUGCCUAUCCCAGUAGGCCUAUGGUGCUCCUAAAGCUUGGCCAGAUCAUUAAAACAGAGUGGGAGGGAACUUGGUGGAAGAGCAAAGUGGAAGAGGUGGAUAGCAGCUUGGUCAAGAUCCUCUUUUUGGAUGAUAAGAGGAGCGAGUGGAUCUAUAGAGGUUCCACUAGGUUGGAGCCAAUGUUCAACCUUAAGAUGACCUCCGCAAACACCCAGGAGAAGAAACUUGCCGGCCAGCAGAGGACGCGACCUAACAUGGGUGCACUGAGGAGUAAAGGCCCAGUCGUUCAGUACACCAGUGAUGGACAUGUUGGAGCCUCUCCUGUCACAUCACAACAGGCCCCUCCCAGCCAGCCUAUACAGGCACCACAACCUCAACAGCCACCACAGCCACCACAGCCGCUACAGCUCCAACAAACCGCUCAACCUGCACGUCCUCCACAGCAAACUACACAGCAAACUACACAGCAAACUACACAGCAAACUACACAGCCUCCACUAACUCUUCAGCUUCUGCAGCCUCUGCAGCCUCUGCAGCCUCCGCAGCCUCUGCAGCCUCCACAGCCUCCACGUGUCGAUAAUAAACAUCAGAUGGCAAAGAAGAGUACUUCUCCAUUUGUCCCUGGUGUGGGAGGCACUCAUGCUUCCAAAGUCAUGCAGUCUCUUUCCUCCAGUCCCAGUAAUCUGCCUGGUGCAAGAAUUUUAAAUACCCCAAACAGUGCAAGCACCACUUUCCCACAGGCGUAUCAGAGACUACUGCCCUCUCUUGCUCCUACUCCGUCUCCUCCUGUGGCCCACCCUAUGGCCACCAUCCCACAUCAGGCCUCAUAUCGUGCUCCAACGGACCGUAUCUUUUACAUGGCACACACGUGUCAGCCUGCCUGUCUGAAUCGUGUCCGACCAACAAAACCAGACCAGCACCGAGGAAAGAACCCCCUUCUCACACCAUUACUGUACGAUUUCAGACGCAUGACGGGACGACGCAAAGUCAAUCGCAAGAUGACGUUCCACGUGAUCUACAAGGCUCCGUGUGGGCUUUGCCUGCGUAACAUGCCAGAGAUCCAGCACUACCUCUUCCAGACACGCUGUGACUUUAUAUUCUUAGAAAUGUUCUGUCUAGACCCCUACGUGCUUGUGGAUCGGCCCUUCCAGCCACAGAGGCCCUUCUACUAUAUUCCAGACAUAACUCGAGGAAAGGAGGACAUCCCACUUUCCUGCGUCAAUGAGAUUGAUUCCACCCCACCCCCUAAAGUAGCCUACAGUAAAGAACGUAUUCCUGAGGAUGGAGUAUACAUCAACACAAGUGCAGAUUUCCUGGUUGGGUGUGAGUGCACUGACGGCUGUCGAGACAAGUCCAUGUGCUCUUGCCACCAGCUGACCCUUCAAGCGACAGGUUGUACACCAGGAGCACAGAUCAACGCAAACGCAGGAUAUUUGCACAAACGAUUAGAGGAGUGCCUGCCCACAGGGAUCUAUGAGUGUAAUAAGCGCUGCAAAUGUUCUCAGAUGUGCACCAACAAGCUGGUGCAGCACGGCCUGCAGGUGCGUCUCCAGCUCUUCAAGACCCAGAACAAAGGCUGGGGCAUCCGCUGCCUGGAUGAUGUGGCUAAGGGUUCUUUUGUAUGCAUCUAUGCUGGUAAAAUCUUGACAGACGACUUCGCUGACAAAGAAGGUCUAGAGAUGGGCGAUGAGUACUUUGCUAACCUGGAUCAUAUAGAGAGUGUGGAGAAUUUCAAGGAGGGUUAUGAGAGCGAGGCUCACUGUUCAGACAGCGAGGGCAGUGGUGUGGACAUGACGAGGAUAAAAAUCCAACCCUCUGCCUUAAUAUCAUCUAAUCCUGUGGGGCGACCGCCUAAGAAGGCUCAAAGCCCGAGCUCAUCGGGGGAGAGCAAUGACGACGAUGACAAAGACUCCAAGAGUGAAGAAAGUGACAGUUCAGAUGACACAUUUGUGAAGGAAAACUAUUUCAGCUCCAGCUCUGUGUGGAGGAGUUACACCACACGUGGUCAGGUUAAAGGCAACAAAGAAGGGAGUCAAGAUAGUAAAGAUGGAUUGAGUGCAUCGGCCAGAGGAAGUGAUUAUGAAAAGCCACCGUCCAUGCCAGAGGAGACAGGGAAAAGCAAAGUGGCUUCAUGGCUCACUAGCCAGGGACUGAAGAAGGAAUCUGGAGACAGCAAAAGUAAUGUGAAGUCAGAGACGGGGAAGAAGCAGGAUGUGAUGACGCUCUCUGACAGCGAUGAUGUUCAGACCAUCAGCUCUGGGUCUGAAGACAAUAAGGAGAAAGAGAAAGCCCCCCAGGGCGUGACUAAAAAGCAGGUAGCAGUGAAAUCCACACGUGGCAUCGCUCUGAAGACCAGUCAUGGCAUGAUGGUAAAAACAGGUCAGCCUGGAGGAGGGGGAGGGCAGGGGGGUCAGGGAGGUAAAGCAGGGCAGCAGGGACAGACUGGAGGAGGUGCAGACAACGCUCCCAGAAACACCCGUCUGUUCUUUGAUGGCGAGGAGUCGUGCUACAUCAUUGAUGCCAAGUUGGAAGGCAACCUUGGGCGUUACCUCAAUCACAGCUGUAGUCCUAACCUUUUCGUCCAGAAUGUGUUUGUGGACACACAUGACUUGCGGUUUCCCUGGGUGGCCUUCUUUGCCAGCAAGCGGAUCCGGGCUGGCACAGAGCUCACCUGGGACUACAACUAUGAGGUGGGCAGUGUGGAGGGCAAAGUGCUGCUGUGCUGCUGCGGAUCCACUGAAUGCAGAGGAAGACUACUGUGAACCGCUGGACUUCACUCCGUCGGCUCAGUCUAUAGGAAACUUAAAAGAGCCCCUUCGACACUGUAACUUUGUGUUUUUUUUUUUUUUAAGUUGAUCGAUGAAUUUUGUUACAGCUAUUUUGUUGCCGUUAUUUUAUAUGAAUGUGUUUUCCUGAUUUGUCCCAUUUUAUCCAUGAUGUGUUUCUUUAGGCUUCAUCUGAAUAAAAGUUCAUUUUCUUUAAUGA